AUGGUUAGGUUUUUGUAUAUCGAUAACGAACCCGACACCCUCAUCUACUUCGAGCCAGUCUACAAAGACAACCAACGCACCGACAACAACAAUCUACGCAAAAAGCCAAACUUGUUGUUUGAUUUCGAGGUAGUUUACAGGCAAGCCCCUGAACCAGAUUCAGAUUCAGACGGAGAGGAAGAUCCUGAUAUCUUAUGCAAUUUAGAAACUCGAAUCGUUCAUCAAGCUCACGAGUUCGACAGAGAUUGGCUCAUCGGUGGCGAUAGGGAUCAGAUACAAGCCGCCGUAUAUCAGAUUCUCGAUUUGUUCCAAGUCCCUUGUUACUCGGAUAUUGUUCAUACGUUAACUAUAGAUAUCUUGGAUUUGAACAAACACGAAGCCAUGUCUGUUUCACCUGAGAUCGAGAGGAUAAGAGUAGAGAUUGAUGUUAUUGUCGAUAGGUUUCCCGGUGAUGUUGACAAUGUGGAUGUGAAGCUUGAGGUGGCUCCGGCAAACAAUGAGGCGGUGGAGAAACACUUGGAGACGGUGGUUGCUGGGAAAGACUAG